AAAAAAACUACAGAAAUGGGAAGUUUGCAUUUUAUCUUUGGAUUGGAAUUUGACUGGUAGAAUAUACCCACUUGUAGGAAAUAUAAAAAAAAAUGUUGAACAUUUACAAAUUUGAUUAGAUCAGCUCAGGACUGCUAAUUCUGUAGAACAUAUUGACAAAAAAGAAAUUAAGGGAAAAGAAGUAGAUAAACAACUCUCAGAACUGAGAGUUGCAUUUGACUGGCUGACUUCUCUCCCUUUUCAACAUAAAUUUGUCAUUUUAAAUUUAAUCCAACUCCUUCUAAUUAAAACUUUUCCCAAUUUAUAUUCCAUAGAAAACAUUUUUGAAAUUUAUAUCAUUAAAAAAAAAUAAUUAGAAGCCCUUAAUUUCCUGAAAAAUUAUUUUUAAGAUAGGUUUGUAUAGAAUCAAGUGAAAGUAGUGACUAUUAUAUAUCUAAAAAGAAGUAGGUGAAAUAAUUUGCCUUAUAACAGUGAUUACCAAUAAUGGUUCUGUGUGAUUAAUCAACCCUACCAUUAGCUUCUUGGCCUUCAUGACUUCUGAGUGGUAUUUCUGACAGAACUGUACGAUGGAGGCGUGUUGAGGUACUCUUUUGAGUGCUGUGAUGCUGGAAAGAAAGGGAGACAAUAUGGAGUGGUUGAGAUCACUACUGCUCAGAAGAGCUUAACAUAGAACCCAGAAUCCACCCUGUGCCAGGCCCUGUGCUAAGCACUUACAGCUCAUUGACAGUAACUCUUCAAGGUGGCUCCUAUCAUUGUCUUAGACAAAAAAAUGCAGUUAUUUGCCCAGGGUCAUAGAGCUAGGUAGUGGCAGAUCCAGAACUUUAACUGAGGCAGUCUGACUGUGAGAACGCGUCACAGGAUUUGGCGUCUAGAAGUAGUUUGGCCGUUCAGUUGUGUAGUGGCCAAAUGUGUUUAAUUUUUCCUUUUACGAUAACUUCUGAGAUCCCUUUUCUGUCCCUUGUAACUGCGAAUUAAUCACUGUAGUCAAGAUUAUGAUUUUUUACACCUUGAUUAGCACUUUUCCGCUAUAGAUAGAAAUUUGCCUGGUAUUUCCAACUAUAUUGAAGAGAGAUUAAUUAGCACUUUAUGACAAAUAUGUGGCAAAUUGUUAAUUAGGGUAAAUAAAGUAAGACUCAGAUUUUAUAGCACCACUAUUAUUUUCACAAUAUCAAUUUUAUUAUUUAUUCUUAGUGCUGGAAUCUGAUAAGCUUAACUAAGCCGAUAGUGCUGUGCAUUGAUUUAACCACUCUUUGUUUCUGUAGAUUUCAGGAAAAUAAGAAUACACUUUAAAAAUCACUUAUAGUUUAUAAGGUGACACAUUAAUCCUCAAAGUGACAGGAAGUCGAGAUGAUUUUGUCUAUGAGGUUUAAUUUAUUAAAAUUUAGUUUUCUCCUGUGCUUUGCUCCAAUGGCUCUGUGCUAGCAAACCAGCUAUAAUUAGAUUAGCAGCCUGCUAAACGCCGGUGACAGCCUGCGUCUCAGAGAGCAUGUGCUGGAUUCCGCAUGUGCCUUUUCCUUAUUGGUUGGUGGCGUUGCUGCUCGCCCGUGUGAUAGGUUUCCACAGUAAUCUUUAUGCUGCAUUAGAGACAUAGAUACAGAGGUGCUGUACUGUGUUCUUGCAACGGUGGAGGUGCUUGGCUGGUAACGUUAAAGAAGGAAUAAGGCGCCCGAGAGAAGGCGUUCGUCUUUGUUGUGGAGCAUCAGCCGUUAAGGACAGCCAGCAGCGGUGGGAGGUCAGUGAAGGAGACUCAGUUCAUGCAAUUUCCUGCUGCAGAGAGCAUUUUAAGAAAGGACAGCAUUCCUGUGACCUCUGCCUACCAUCCAUAAAAUACUCAUUCCCCUCUCAGCUCUGCCUGCAGUUGAACACAAAGACCUGGAGGAGACUCCCACCUCUUCAGGGAGAAGAAAGGAGGCAGCGAAGCAGAUUAAAGGAACUUGUGGCUUGUGGCCUUUUUGUGCAAGGGCUGCCUGAAAGGGGAGAAAAGUGUAUGAAAGCCACCGUGGCGGUUAAUGAGCUGUGAGAUGAGGCGCUGCUGCGGCCACUGCUGCUGACACUCGCUCCCAGGCUGCACCCGCUGCCCUUGGCGCUUCAUGUACAUGUGUCUAUUCAGGCCGUGCGGAGGCGUCCAGAAGAGCAUCCAACACGGCUGCCGGGGAAAGACCGCCCACCAUGCCCACGGAGACCCUACAGACAGGUAGCAUGGUGAAGCCGGUCAGCCCCGCGGGCACCUUCACCUCUGCCGUGCCCCUGCGUAUCCUGAACAAGGGGCCAGACUACUUCCGCAGGCAGGCCGAGCCCAACCCCAAGAGGCUCAGCGCCGUGGAGAGGCUGGAGGCCGACAAGGCCAAGUACGUCAAGAGCCAGGAGGUGAUCAACGCCAAGCAGGAGCCCGUAAAGCCCGCCGUGCUGGCCAAGCCCCCGGUGUGCCCGGCUGCCAAGCGCGCGCUGGGCAGCCCCACGCUCAAAGUAUUUGGCAACCACGCCAAGACCGAGAGCGGCGUGCAGAGGGAGAACCUCAAGCUGGAGAUCCUGAAGAAUAUCAUCAAUAGCUCCGAGGGCUCCAGCUCGGGCUCGGGGCACAAGCACAGCUCCCGCAACUGGCCGCCCCACCGGUCGGAAACCACCGACCUGCACCGUCACUCCUUCGCGGAGUCCCUGAAAGUCUACCCCACGCAGGGCCGCGGCAGCCCGCAGGAGGGCGGCUCCCACGUGAGCAGGAGACUGCUGGAGCAGUCAGCCGAGUCCUUCCUCCACGUGUCCCACAGCUCUUCCGACAUCCGCAAGGUGACCAGCGUGAAGCCCCUCAAGGCCAUCCCCUGCAGUAGCUCUGCCCCUCCCCUGCCUCCCAAGCCCAAAAUCGCAGCCAUCGCCACCAUGAAGUCCCCCGAGGCCGACCCUGUGGAACCAGCUUGUGGAGUCAGCCGAAGACCCUCCCUCCAGCGGUCUAAGUCAGACUUGAGUGACAGAUAUUUCCGAGUGGACGCGGACGUGGAGAGGUUCUUCAACUACUGUGGACUGGACCCGGAAGAGCUGGAAAACCUGGGAAUGGAAAACUUUGCAAGGGCUAAUUCUGACAUAAUAUCCCUCAACUUCCGCAGCGCAAGCAUGAUCAGCUCAGACUGUGAACAGUCUCAGGACAGUAACAGUGACCUUAGAAAUGAUGACAGUGCCAAUGACCGUGUGCCGUAUGGCAUUUCUGCCAUCGAAAGAAAUGCCAGAAUCAUCAAGUGGUUAUAUAGCAUCAAACAAGCUAGAGAGUCACAGAAGGUCUCCCACGUGUAAGACAGUGCGUGGAAAGGAGGGAGGGUGGGUCUCUGUGCUUACGCAGUUGUAAAGGUUGUGAGGUCUCCUUGAAGUGUUGUGAGCUUCUCCACUCUUUGUGUUGCUUGUUGUGCAAUGUUUUCAAGUUGCAUGCCUGUCAACAUGGGGACUGACCUGGCUUCCACGUCACCAUCGCUGCAGAGCCUGGCCUAACACGCGUCAUCUGCCAAAAGUUUCAGGCCAGAAUCUAAUUAGGGCUUUGCUCUUAAGCAAAACUGUUUACAAGAAAAUGGUAUACGACUUCUUCAAUAUUUAUGUGGUUCUUGUGUUUUUAUAUCCCGCGCUAUUAUGUCUUAAUUAAAAGUUUUAUCAACUGGCUUUUAAGUUGAGAGCAGAAUCUUUUUGAAAUAAAAAGCCACUUUGCCUACAUGUGAGACUAUUCCAAUGGGACAGUAAAUGGGAUCUGCUACCAAACAGAUAGUGACUGACCGCACAUAGAACCAGGCUGGGUUUUCUGUGGAAUAAAGUGGUGACCCUGACAUUAAUCGUUUACAUGUUGAAAUUCUCUUGCCACUUAGUGAAGUGUCGCUGGGGUAACAAUGCUAAGUUUUGUGUCCGAUUCAGUGUGUAAAUGUUGGUGGUUCUGUGUAAUGCUGACCCCAAGGAAAGACAAUCAGAUGAAAUGAAGGAUGGUUAAAUCUAGGAAGUUGGGUGUUUAGGGGUUUUGUUGAUGUUGUUCUGAUUCGGGAUAUUUCAGAAAUUUUUAAUACUAUCUUUUGACAGAAUGGCCACCCUAAAACAAAUACUGAAUGCCUUUAAAAAAAAAAAAAAAAAAAAAAAAGUUGUGUUCUUUUUGUUUGUUUUUGUCGAGAACUACUAAUUUCAUGUUGUUUCUUUCUCUCUCCCUUUGUUGUUAUUUGAUUUGGGGGAAGGGAGUGAGGCUUGUGCAGGUUUGAGCUAUCGGAAGACAUGAACAGAAGUGAAAAUACCAGCCAUAUCAGUAGAGCCUCCCAUUCAAAAGUGAACACACUUGGUAGCUGAACCAUAUCUGAGCAGCGUGAUUCUGUUGUCUUGCAUAUGUUACUCUCUCAGGCUGUGGGUCUUUGUUACAGCUCUAGGAAACUGUAGAAAUUCAAUGCUAUGUAGCUUUUCCACCCCAUGGUCUCUAGUGCUGCCUAUCAACUUGUCCCCUUUUUUUCCCAAUAACCUGUCUUUCAGGUGGUACAGUUAGCUGUCACUCAGCUGACUCUAUGAUGUGGCAGCAGACAGGGAAACCUACAAGUGGUUUGCCUCAUUGCCUUUGCCACAUCUGAAGUUCUCAGCAGCGCUACCUUAGUCUUCAUCAGCUAAUAGGAAACUUUUUAUGGUGUAAAUGCUGUAAGACUUUGUACAUACUUCAGUUGUUAUGAAAUCUUUAAAGAAAAAAAAGAAAAAGUUACACUAAUAAAUUGCUCUGGUGCAGGCA